AUGAUAACUGACAAUAUAAUUUAUUUGAUUACUUAUUAUGAUCGAUCUGAAGUUAAAUUAUUAUUGGAAUUGUUAUGAGGUUUUCUUCAAAUUCGAAGUGGUGAAUUUGAUCAAGUAGGUGAACGUUCACAAUUUGAUUCUCCAAUACUUGAUGCAUUAUCCGAAGAUGGAUGCGUUCAAUUUCAAUAUAAUAUAGCAGGUAGUGAUAAUGAUGGGUUAAAUGUUUACGUUGAAGAUUAUUGGAGUGGUAAUCAAUCUUGUAUAUGGCAUAAAAAUGGAUCAACUGUACCGAACCGAUGGAUGACAGCUGAAGCACCAUUGAAAUUAGAGAGAGAUGGAAAAUAUUUAAUUGUGUUUGAAGCAAGAAAAGGAAAAACUGGUGGAUUGGGUUUAGUCUCGCUCGAUCACAUUAUUGUCUCAUCUAAACCAUGUAAAUGA